GGGUGUAUUCAGCUUGGAGCAGCACAGAGGGUGGAGUAUGAGCUCAAUGAGAUACGGAUAGUGUUUGGAUAUUUGUACCGAGUGUGAAAACAUGCGCAGGUGAUUCAGGAGCUCGAGCCGGGGAAGCAGCGCGCGCGACACGGCGGCUUAUGGCGGGACUCUCGUACCUGGUGCUCCGCUUUUCGGGAUCCGCUGGUCGGACCUACGGCGUGUUUUCAAAGGGACUGACGAGGACUUUGUUGAUCUUUUUUGAUUUGGCGUGGCGUCUCCGCAUCCGAUUCCCUUACCUCUACCUCAUCGCCUCCAUGAUGUUUAACGUGAGAUUACAGGUCCACAUUGAGAUACAUUAAUUUCCAUCCAAGAAAUUCUGAAAUGUCAACAUCUCUGGACCAGAGAGCUCAUAUGCUGCUCAUGCUGCUUUGGAAGUCAGCUGAGGCCAUAGGAAACCCAGCACUGGAAGAACUAUGGACGCACACACAAAGGUGAAGCUGAAACCUACCAACGCUGUUUCCCCACAGGAUACUGUCCAGAAGAGGCUGUAUUUGCUUCAGAAAAAAAUGUGAACCUUAAGGUCAGCUUUUACAGCUGAGUAUCUCGCACAGCGGCUCACUCCUGACUGCCACGGCUUUUUUUUGGGGUACACAUGGAAAUUUCAGGGAGACGUCAGUACAAAGGGAGUUGAUGAGUCACUUGUAGCGAUCACACAAGUGACUCAUAAAAUGUCGAUUGCCUUUUUUUAACAGGUCCACUACAGCUAUGAGAUGAAUUCUCACAUGCUCUGUUCUGUUCGGUCAGGGGAGUUUUCAUUCAUUUAUGUAGCAUUUGACCGAUCUCGCACUUGCAUUGCAUGCCACUUCUUUUUGUUUACCAUAUAGAUUAGGACCGAGCCUCUCACUGGUAAUGGUUUAUAAAUGUACAUAAGGUAACGUCAGAUUUCUAGGUUGUUGGGUUUUUCUUUUUUUUCCCCCCUAUUUCCCCAGCAUCGAUGGCAUUUAUAGUUUAUGUAGGCUACCAUAGCCUAUAAUUUAUAUUGAGAAGUACAUGAUUCUCCACAGAUUGUGGCACAUUUUAAAACAAUGAUGGUUUGGUUUAAGAAAAAAAAAGCAUGCCAGGGAACAGGAAUUUUAAUUGUGGAUGCAGAAGAAUAUUUAAGGACCCAAUGAUAAAAACAGUUCAUGUUCUACAUGUUAUCAAGUUAACUUUUUGUCACAAGUAGUGCUCUGAUGUUUAUUAACUUUUUCCCCCACAUAUAAUAUUUUUAAAGAAUGCCACAGACCAAUAAUCCCAUCGUUUUAUCUAAUGGGCUCCACUUAUUACACUGUUUUUAUCGUCUGUAAGUCGCAGUCCUGCCUCCUGCCUGCAAGUCAGUACAGCUGUUUUUAGACUACAGUAAAUGGUACUUAAAAAUGUGUUUAAUCUUAAAUAUGAUAUGGAUUUUCUUGUUCGUCUUUUGUCAGUGCGUUAUUUGAAAUGUGCAAUUACUUUAAACAGCAAGCAUAAGUAAUGUAAAAACCUGAAUACAAUAAAAGAAUGAAGAACAA